GAUCAGUUUGAUAACUUGGACAAGCAUACGCAGUGGGGCAUUGACUUCUUGGAGAAAUACGCAAAAUUUGUAAAAGAAAGGAUAGAGAUUGAGCAAAACUAUGCGAAACAACUGAGAAAUCUGGUUAAGAAGUACUGUCCUAAACGUUCACCCAAAGAUGAGGAACCCAGGUUUACUUCGUGUAUUGCCUUUUUUAACAUCCUUAAUGAGUUGAAUGACUAUGCAGGACAACGAGAAGUAGUUGCAGAAGAAAUGGGACACAGAGUGUAUGGAGAAUUGAUGAGAUAUUCUCAUGAUCUAAAAACUGAGAGAAAAAUGCAUCUUCAAGAAGGACGAAAGGCUCAACAGUAUUUGGACAUGUGCUGGAAACAGAUGGAUAAUAGCAAAAAGAAAUUUGAGAGAGAAUGCAGAGAGGCAGAGAAGGCCCAGCAGAGCUACGAAAGACUGGACAAUGACACUAACGCGACAAAGGCUGAUGUUGAGAAGGCUAAGCAACAGUUAAACCUGCGCACGCACAUGGCUGAUGAAAACAAGAAUGAAUAUGCUGCACAACUACAGAAUUUUAAUGGAGAACAGCACAAACACUACUACAUUGUCAUCCCUCAGAUUUAUAAGCAACUUCAAGAAAUGGAUGAAAGAAGGACUGUCAAACUCAGUGAAUGUUACAAAGGCUUUGCUGACUCUGAGCGCAAGGUUAUUCCAAUUAUCUCUAAAUGUUUAGAAGGGAUGAUCCUUGCAGCAAAAUCGGUUGAUGAACAUAGAGACUCUCAACUAGUGAUAGACUGCUUCAAAUCCGGUUUUGAACCUCCUGGAGAUUUUCCAUUUGAAGAUUACAGUCAGAAUAUUUACAGAACUAUCUCUGAUGGAACCAUCAGUACACCAAAGCAGGAAGGAAUGAGAAUUGAUUCAAAAACUACAGUGGGCAAGGCUAAAGGAAAGCUGUGGCUAUUUGGAAAGAAGCCAAAGGGCCCUGCACUAGAAGACUUCAGCCAUCUCCCUCCAGAACAAAGACGCAAGAAACUGCAACAGAGAAUCGAUGAACUCAACAGAGAACUACAGAAGGAAACAGACCAGAAAGAUGCCCUCAUCAAGAUGAAGGAUGUUUAUGAAAAAAAUCCCCAGAUGGGUGAUCCAGGCAGUUUGCAACCAAAAUUAACUGAGACUAUGAGCAACAUGGACCGUCUUCGGAUGGAAAUACACAAGAAUGAGGCCUGGCUCUCUGAAGUUGAAGGUAAAGUAGCAGCCAGAAGCGACAGGCGGCACAGCAGUGAUAUCAACCACCUUGUAACACAGGGCAGAGAGAGCCCUGAAGGGAGUUACACAGAUGACGCAAAUCAGGAAGUUCGAGGCCCGCCACAGCAACAUGCACAUCCCAACGAGUUUGAUGAUGAGUUUGAAGAUGAUGAUCCAUUACCAGCUAUAGGACAUUGCAAGGCAAUAUAUCCAUUUGAUGGUCAUAAUGAAGGCACUCUAGCAAUGAAAGAAGGGGAAAUUUUGUACAUUAUUGAGGAGGACAAAGGAGAUGGGUGGACAAGAGCUCGAAGACAUAAUGGAGAGGAAGGCUAUGUGCCAACAUCAUAUAUAGAUGUAACGCUAGAGAAAAACAGCAAAGGUUCCUGAAGCGGGUUUCUGAGAAAAUGGGCGAGAUCUUGAAGGAGGUUACAUGCAGCUGCUGGGGGGGGGGAGGGGGGGGGGGGUACUAGACUGGGAGGCCCAAGGGGAAAAGCUAGUUGCAUGAAUGCAUGCAGACAUACAUUUAGUCACUAACAUCUUAGCAUCUCCAUACAUAGGUAAGGUGUAUUACAAAUUCAAUCUGUGCAGGAAAAUAGUUUUAUUACCAGAGUAGAAAGGAUACUGCUUCUAAAAUUGCUUUAUUUUCAUUGUCCUAGGUUGUCCCUGACGCACAAACUAUAUUUUAGCUUGUGCCAUGUUUUGGUUAUCUCAAUUAAGCUCUUUUCCAACUAAUUUUAAUUGGCAGUCAUUUAGAACCAUAUGUCAGUUAUCAGUCUGCCUGUGCCACCUCCAUGCUCGCCGUUAACCUCCUCCUGCAUGCCUAGGACAGUCAGGCAUGUCUGCAUAACACUUUGCCAUCAUUGCUUGUCUUAUGUUGUAACAAAUAAUUUUGUUUAAAUAUCUUCAGCACUAGAGUUUCAUCCCAGUAUCCAUGUAUGCUGCUAUAACUAUACCACUGCAAUCAUCAUUACAUUCCAGUUUUUGGCAUAACUGAUAAGAGAUCAUAAUGUAUUUCUGUUGAUUUGGGGAAAUUAUACAUCUCAGCUCUAGCCUACAAUGCAAUCAAGAGAAACUCCUAGAACUGUGGUCCAUCUUCAGCACUCCAGUAACCUGUUGUGAGCACGGAAAACCUAGAACAGCACCAGAGAGAUUCACCACUGCAAGCUAAUGACUGUUCUCGGAAGUCAACCACUUGCCAUUCAAAUGCUGCCUUAAACUAGAGUGCCUAAAUCUGUUGUUUGCCAACACUACCACUUACAGUAUCCCACAAAGGGCUUUGUGUCUCAGCUCUUCUCACAGUGCUGCAGCUGCUGAGGUAGCCACGGUAGGUGUUUUCUAGAGCUCUACUGGAUACAUGGUGCAUCAUGAAUUUUAUACAUUGAAGCGUGUAUCUCUUCAUUUGACUUAGAUAUUUUUUAAAAAUAUUUUUAUGGAAACUGUCUUUUAGUUUUUCACUAUGAAGUUCCAAUUUUAAUUACUGCAGUGCUAGUCCAUUUCCAGGUGAUGCUUCAUUGUAUGGACCAGUUGAAAUUUGAGUGAUACUUCGUAAUGAUCUAUGUGCACUUUUACUUGUAAACAAUUGAAAUUUGGAUAUGUUUAUACGUGUAAAUAUAGUUGUCUGCAGUGCCCCUAUUGCUUAUGUUGUCUUGGCUCCCAUGUGUGGUUCUAUUAAUACAUACAUCAUAUCUGAUUUAUUAGGGUGAUAAGAAUUAGACUAGAGAUGUUGAGGGGAGGGAUACUUGUAUCAAAGCAAGCUUGUCAACCCAGCCACCUGCUGUUUGGGGAAAUGAAAUAAUCAAAACAUCCUGGUUUUCUGGGGUCUGAAGCAAUAUUUGGAUGCAGCAGUGCUGGAUUCUUUUUAAUUUCAGUGUUACUAGAACAGUACUACCCGUAAAACUGAAUCUGAGUGACUUGUGUAGAGGUUUAUUCCUUUUGUUAUGUAUACCACUAUUACACAGCUUGACCUAGUGUAUUAUGGGGGCUAUUACACUCUAAAGUUUAGACUUUUUGGAGCUUGUAUACAGGGUUAUUUAUAUAAUAAUGUGACAUUACUCAAUACUGACAAAACUACUUAGGUAGUUUUUUGGGUUUGGGGUUUUUUGGGGGGUUUGUUGGGUGGGGUGUGGUUGGGGUUUUUGUUUUGUUUU